AUGUCAGUUACUGCCGAAGGAAGUCCCGGAAUCCUCCAAGAUCUAGAAGGAAGGCCUGCCUUGACUGCGCCUGCUAAUCUCCCAGCACUCACACCAUCUUCCUCUUCGACCUCGUGCCCAGAGUUGUUCAUUGAUGAUUCACUUCUAUGCUACCCUCAUUAUACAGAAGAAUUUGACUUUGGGACAACUAGAUCAUUAUUCACGGAUGAUCUUGAUCAAAGGUUGACCGGGAUUCUAAAUAUCUAUCAACCCGCUUUGCGGUCGCCUCGAUUGUUUUGGCCUAAAGAAGCAUACCCCCAAGAGCUAUCGCUCAAUCGAAAGUAUGUCCUUGUCAACCUGAGAAGUUAUCCACGUAUGAUGCUCUCAGCUAGCAGAAAUGGCAUGCCACCAUUCGUGCAUUCAUAUCACCUGAGUUACGACUGCGCAGACAAUACAUCUCUUCCUGAGCCGCUAGCCCGCUGCGCCGGUAUUGUGGCUAUGUGGUCGGUCAAGUCGAAGCAUAAUAGUAUGCACAUCUGGAAAGCAAUCCGGUCCGAGCAGGAACGACUCUUACAAGAAUCUUCCGUAUACAAUGACUGGGACGCGUUGGCCGCUCUCCAGGCGAUGUGCGUCUAUGUUAUUCUGAGAGUCUUGGAAAAAGACGAGGAUAUCAUUGAUUUUGAUAUUCCGUUAAUCCAUACGGUGUUGAGAGUCGGGAGACGCGUCGGGGAACUAGACACCCGACAUUAUGAGUCUAUACGUCGAACGAUGUUUAUCAUAUUCAUAGUCAUGUCUCUGUUCGAUGCUUCUGCCGGUUUGGACUAUAAAGCUUGCGGAUGCGCGGAAUAUCUAUCCAGCCUCGCUCUUCCCAGCACCAAGGGCAUGUGGAAUUCUCGCACAGGGACCGAAUGGGAGCAGGAGUAUAUGGGCAGUCCGGUGCAGUCUGACUUUGACGGGAAACCGAAUCAAGUUCUCACGUUUAGCGAUCUGCUAGCGCAUCAAAACAACGGCAUUGAAUAUGAAUCGAACAUAGACAGCAGCUCGACUGUAACCGGGUUGAUGUUGGAUCGGUGGCUAGCUCGCGUAGACGAAGUUGGAACUCUGGUUAUGUCUGCUGCCAAGUUCUCGGAGGAUACUUUUUAUCGCUGA